GCGCGGGGAUUGGCCGCGGGCCGGGCGGGCGGGGGGCGGGCGGGGGGCGGGCGCAGGCGCGGUGCUGUUAUUGUUCCGCGCUGCGGCCCCGCGCCGCUCCCUGCCCGGCCGCCGCCGUCGCCAUGCCGAUCAACAAGCCCGAGAAGCUGGACAAGCCGGAGAGCUGCGAUAAUGUCAAGGUGGUUGUCCGCUGCCGGCCUCUUAACGAGCGAGAGAAGGCGACGGGGUACAAGAUGGCAGUCAACGUGGACGAGAUGAGAGGGACUAUAACGGUUCACAAAACAGACUCGUCCAACGAGCCUCCCAAGACGUUUACGUUUGACACGGUGUUUGGACCAGAGAGCAAACAGCUGGAUGUCUACAACUUAACUGCAAGGCCUAUUAUUGACUCCGUCCUGGAAGGAUACAAUGGCACUAUUUUUGCGUAUGGGCAGACCGGAACAGGCAAGACUUUUACCAUGGAAGGGGUCAGAGCAGUUCCUGAGCUUAGAGGCAUCAUUCCGAAUUCCUUUGCACAUAUAUUUGGCCACAUUGCCAAAGCGGAGGGGGAUACGAGGUUUUUAGUUCGCGUGUCUUACCUGGAAAUUUACAAUGAAGAAGUGCGGGACCUGCUGGGAAAAGACCAGACCCAGAGGCUGGAGGUUAAAGAGAGACCUGAUGUGGGAGUUUAUAUCAAAGACCUUUCAGCUUAUGUCGUAAACAAUGCAGAUGAUAUGGACAGGAUCAUGACUCUGGGCCACAAGAACCGUUCUGUUGGUGCCACAAACAUGAAUGAGCACAGUUCCCGUUCACACGCCAUCUUCACCAUCACCAUCGAGUGCAGUGAGAAGGGGGUUGAUGGAAACAUGCACGUGCGCAUGGGCAAGCUGCACCUGGUCGAUCUUGCUGGUUCGGAAAGACAGGCAAAAACUGGAGCAACGGGGCAGCGACUGAAAGAAGCUACAAAGAUCAACCUUUCUCUUUCCACGCUGGGCAAUGUCAUCUCAGCCUUGGUGGAUGGCAAGAGCACUCAUGUGCCCUACCGUAACUCCAAGCUUACACGGCUCCUUCAGGAUUCCCUGGGGGGCAACUCCAAAACCAUGAUGUGUGCAAACAUUGGUCCAGCAGACUACAACUACGAUGAGACUAUCAGCACUCUCAGGUAUGCAAACCGAGCCAAGAAUAUUAAGAACAAGGCCAGGAUUAACGAAGACCCCAAGGAUGCUUUGCUGCGUCAGUUUCAGAAAGAAAUUGAAGAGCUUAAGAAAAAACUGGAAGAAGGGGAAGAGAUAUCUGGCUCUGAGACGAGUUCUUCUGAAGAAGAGGAUGAAGAUGAUGAUGGGGAGAUCGGAGAGGAUGGGGAGAAGCGGAAGAAACGACGGGGCAGUAGCAGCAGCAGUAGUUCAGACUCCACAUGCUCUGUCAUAGAGAAACCUCUGGAUAAGUCCUUCACUAACCAAGCAGGCAAAAAGAAAGUUUCCCCUGAUAAGAUGGUAGAGAUGCAAGCAAAGAUUGAAGAGGAGAGAAAAGCUCUUGAAACUAAGCUUGAUAUGGAAGAAGAAGAAAGAAAUAAAGCCAGAGCUGAACUGGAGAAGAGAGAAAAAGAUUUGCUUAAAGCUCAACAAGAGCACCAGACCCUGUUGGAGAAACUGUCUGCACUGGAGAAGAAGGUGAUCGUAGGAGGAGUGGACUUGCUGGCAAAAGCAGAAGAACAAGAGAAGCUUCUGGAAGAAUCAAAUAUGGAGUUGGAAGAACGAAGGAAGAGAGCAGAACAGCUUCGCAAGGAGCUUGAGGAGAAGGAGCAAGAACGCUUGGACAUUGAGGAGAAGUACACCAGCCUCCAGGAAGAAGCACAGGGGAAAACCAAAAAACUGAAGAAAGUUUGGACCAUGCUUAUGGCUGCAAAAUCAGAGAUGGCAGAUCUGCAACAGGAGCAUCAGAGAGAGAUUGAAGGCUUGCUAGAGAAUAUUCGGCAGCUGAGCAGGGAACUUCGUCUGCAGAUGCUUAUCAUAGACAACUUCAUUCCUCAGGACUACCAGGAAAUGAUCGAAAACUAUGUCCACUGGAAUGAAGACAUUGGAGAAUGGCAGCUGAAAUGUGUUGCAUAUACCGGAAACAAUAUGAGGAAACAGACUCCUGUCCUGGACAAAAAAGAAAAAGAUCCCUUUGAGGUGGACCUUUCCCAUGUUUACUUAGCUUACACAGAAGAAAGCUUGAGGCAAUCUCUGAUGAAACUGGAGAGGCCAAGGACUUCAAAAGGAAGAUCUAGGCCCAAGACUGGUAGAAGAAAACGUUCUGCAAAGCCAGGAGCUGUCAUUGACUCCCUGCUGCAGUAGGUGUGACGUGUUCAGAAUUGCCGUAAAAAUCAGUGAGUGUUUAAGGCUUGGCCAGAAUAUUCAGUCCAAGAUGGCACAGUUCGAAGUGGCUAUAAAAUCCAUACCUUGCUGGUAUGGAGCUUUAUUUAAAAUAUAUAUAAAUGUAUUUUUCCUUAGUUGCCUGUAUACUGUAUGUUAUAUUAACAUAAUAUUAAACUGGUAUAUCUUACGGUUGUGAAUUCUGUGUUAAACCAUGUGUUGUGCAGGGAAACUAUUGCUGGUAAUCCUUGUUGAAAUGUAGAGAAAAUAAGGGUUCUAGAUGUGUUUUUAAGUGCUAGAUGACAUAUUAGCUCAAAAUGGCUGAUGGAAUCCUAAAACUUAAUGCUGGUAAAUCUGGUUGUCCUGCUUUGCACAUAACUGGCAGCUUUCACUGUUGUCCUCUGUUGCACUGAUCUGUUUGAAUGUGGUUGCUGCAAACCUUUGAGUUAAGAGCAUUAAACCCUUUUAUUUAAAUAUUGCUCACUGUAUCUAUUAUCCUGAUCAUACUGUGUAUGAAAUACACAGCCCGCUUUGUUUGCAACCUUGCUGUACAAAGAAGGUAAUUGGGGUGGGGGAAUCCUGAAUUACACAAGUUUGGGACUUUGGGGAAGGGACCAUGCUUUAAGUGCAACAGAAAACAAGUGUUUCUGAGUAGUGCUCUUAGUUUGUGUGUGUGAUCUGCUGGCACUGUGCAGAGUGGGGCCUUUGUAAAGCCAAGAGAACUUUUUUCCUCCUCCUUUUAAGUCUGUCUUGCAGCAUUGCUUUGGCUGCUUCAUCUGCUUCUGAGCUGGAAAUUGUUUUAAUUGAUGUGAAUUCUUUGUAGUAAUCUGGACAGCACAGAUUAUUAUAGGGAACUGCUUUGGUACAGCAGGACUGUGAGCACUAUGGUUCCAUUUUUCUCAUCCCUGGCCAUAACUGAGGAUGAAUUACUCUCCUUAAUUAGGAUAGGCACAAAUUGCUCAAUUUUCCCAGUAUGGCAACAUCCCCUGAAACAGCUGAUGCUGUUUGUGUGGACUGUGUCACCUCCUGUUUCUGGCUAUGUUUUGAGGGGAAAAAAGGUCUCUGCUGCUAACCAUUUAUGGUGGCUGCUCUUUGAUAUUUAUGCUGCUAAUAGACACAUAACACUUUAAUACAUUACUUUUGUGUCACAGAAAAAAAAAAAUGCAUCUCCUUUGAAUAUAACUGAUGCUAGAGCAUAGCAGUUGUAGUAAUCUCAACAGUUCCAUGCCAGUGCUGUUAAUUAGCUGUAACUUCCAUGUAAUCGUAGCGUUACCUAGAGUUAAAAAGUUGUGCUUAUAAUGUGAAAAAUUGAGUCCUUAAGCAUGACAUGAAGAGCAAGGCAGCUCCUCAGUGUCCUGGGUUCUUGACAGAAGCCUUGUUUGCUAUUACCAGAGCACUCCUAUGAUGUAUUUGCAGUAGCUAGAAGCUGAUUCCCCUCCUUAUUGUCGUGAUGCAUAACUGGACGUGUAGCGUGUGAAUCUGUAACAGCUCUGUAUGUAGCAGGAUCUGUAACAGCUAAACUGCUCUUGCAAGGCCAUGCUUUGCUCUGGAGAUGCAUUAACUCUAUUCUAAAUGAGUUCUGAGCUUUUCCCUGUUUUUUCAGUGUGUUUUUUCAGGAUCAUGGCCUAGGAGCAGAACAUACUGCCCUCCUUUUUUUGUGGUGGGGCGGGGGGGAGAGGUGGAAGGGAAGGAGAUGAAAAGAUCCGAUUUUGUCACCUAAAUUCAUACAAGAUGAAGAUAUAAACAUUGGCAUUUUUUUCUACUUUAACUGUUGAAAAGAGGUAAAGACUCAGAUUUGUUUCUGAUCUAAACUAGUUGGAGUUUUCUCUGAAGAGCUGACCUUAUUUUGAGUGUGCUUAAAUUAAAUUAGGAUUUCUUGUUACUUACAUUGGCAAGACUGAAAAUGGCUCAAAUGCUUUUUUUUGUCUGUUUCUUGGUUCCUGGGCCAAGCAGAUAGAUGCAUAAUUUUGGCCUGUUCUCAGAAUCAGGGCAAACUUUUGUAUUUCCCUUUUUAUUGUCUUGCUGUGCUUAGUUUUGUUGAAUGAUCUGUUUUUAAGGGUGGUCCUCCUGAGCUGUACCUUAAAAAAGACGAUUGAAAACUCUUUGGGAGACAUCAGUGGCUUAAAUAUGCUACUGUGAGCUAUGACACGGCAUUUAGAAUAUUUAAAGCUCAGCUAUAAAGGUACAUUGUUUGAAUUCUUGUUACAAUCCUGCUGCUGAAAACAACUGUACUCUGUGUAUUUGAGAACCUUGGGACAGAGAAACUUCAGAUAAUUGCACACCUCUGUAAAUUGGAGAACUGAUUGGGAUUUCCUGUUCCGGGAGCUUGUUUUAAGAACAAAUCUGCUCUUAGGAGAGGACUUUUUUUUAAAGUGCAGCUGUCUUCAUGAUGAUCUGUCAGCUUGGCUUACCUGAGAGCUGUGGUGUAUGCUGUUGAAGUUCUGGGAACUUCUUUUCAAAACGGAGCCUGGCUUGCAGACUUGUCAUACUGGCCCUCUCUGUAGCCCAGGACAGUCUGUGAACGUCAGAUGUUUUGAAGAGGAAUGGGCUGGGUUUGUGUUUUUUAAUGACUUAGUCAAUAGAGCCAUUUUCAUCCCAGCUCAGUGUGUGUUCUAUGGCAUUUCUCAGUCAUGUUACCAUUAAACGUGUGCUCAUUUUUGCGUCUUGCUACCAGAAGAUUCCCCUCGUUCUCAAAUAUCAACCUUAACAUGGAGUUUUCCUGGCUUUGUGUUUACUGUCAUAAAUGAAUUUUCAUAUUUAAUUUUUGUUCUUGAACCUUUCUUCAGGUUCAGGGGAGGAGAAAAUGGUCCUUAGUGCCUUUCAGAAACUUACUGUCUGCAUACAUCCAGCUUUCACCUUUCUCAACAGUUUUGUUUAGCCAGUUCUGUAUAUAGGAAAAACUGCUUGUCUAACUUGUCUAUCUAUUUAUUGGUUUUCUAACUGUUUAUUUUUUAUUAUCUUUAUGUUUUAUGGUUAAAUUUUAUUCAAUACACUGUACAUAUCGGUAUUGUGUCCCUGAAGCAUGUUCAUACCAUAAAAUAAAAUUGUUGAUUCUACCUC